ACCAUGGCUGACAGAGCUGCUGCCGAAAGGGCUUGCAAAGACCCCAACCCCAUCAUCGAUGGCAGGAAAGCCAACGUGAACCUGGCGUACCUGGGCGCCAAGCCGCGGAUCAUGCAGCCAGGUUUUGCCUUUGGUGUCCAGCAGCUUCAUCCAGCUCUCAUACAGAGGCCUUUUGGGAUACCUGCUCACUAUGUCUAUCCACAGGCUUUUGUGCAGCCCGGAGUGGUAAUUCCCCACGUUCAGCCCGCAGCAGCCGCUGCUUCCACUACACCCUACAUCGAUUACACCGGAGCUGCGUACGCCCAGUACUCGGCCGCCGCCGCCGCCUACGAGCAGUACCCGUACGCUGCCUCGCCGGCUGCCGCCGCCGGGGCCAGGGGCGGCGGGGGCGAGACGACAUUAAAAUAUGGUUUAUUUGAAAUGCGGCUGCACUGUAUUAGCGAUACUUUUAGCUUGGUUGCUACCCGCUACAGCCCUUGCUGCAGAGAGAACCGAACAGCAAGCUUCGGGCGCAAUCAAGAUGAGCUCGAUAGGCAGGGACUGGAGCCAGGGCCCAGGCUGAAAACAGAAGAUCUGCAUGGAUACACCACCCUGAGGGAACUGCUGGAGGCCGGAGAGGUUUGCUCUCAAGGCCUCAGCAGUACAGUCUGCUCCAUGGUGGUGAAAGUGCUACUACUUGCAAACACCGCAAGAUUUUCAUGGAUUCUUGACAUUUACUGUGGUAUUUAA